CGGUCCAUUCGCGGGUUGCGCAAUCCGCGCUCGUCCUCUCACGUCAACCUUGUCACACCCAGUCUGGCCCAGCAGCAGUCCGACUUUUUAUUUUUCUAUCAAACCAUUUCGCGAAUUCCUCGAUGGAGACGGAGAGGUCACUAAGAUGACACGUCUUUUGUCACGAGUAACUCCGUGUCUUCGAGUACAUAAACAACAGUGAUUGUCCUGUCCGUAGAGCAAGAACGAGAGUGUCCAACAAUGAGGGUCGUCGGACUGGUUAGCGGUGGCAAGGACAGCUGCUACGGCAUGAUGCAGUGCGUCGCCGCCGGACACUCACUCGUCGCUCUGGCCAAUCUGCAGCCAGACAUCGAUGGCGAGAUGGACAGUUACAUGUACCAGUCAGUCGGACACGAGGGUGUGGAGGUGCUGGCCGAGGCCAUGGGUCUGCCCUUAUUCCGACAAGUGACAAAGGGCCGGACGAAACAGACCAGCAAGGAGUACACCCCCGAGGAAGGAGAUGAGGUCGAAGACCUCUAUCUGCUUCUGCAGACCAUCAAGGAUGAGGUCGGUGUGGAUGGUGUCUCCGUUGGGGCCAUUCUGUCCGACUAUCAGAGGGUCCGAGUCGAGAAUGUGUGCUCAAGACUUGGCCUUGUUUGUCUGGCCUUUCUGUGGCAACGAGACCAGGCUGAACUCUUGGCGGAGAUGGUUGCCAGUGGUGUGCAGGCCAUCCUUGUCAAGGUAGCCGCCCUGGGACUCGACCCUGCCCAGCACCUUGGCAGAGAUAUUUCAGACGUUGCACCACACCUAAUGAGAAUGAAGGAAAAAUGGGGCCUAAAUGUGUGUGGUGAGGGUGGCGAGUACGAAACUUUUACACUAGAUUGCCCAUUAUUUAAUAAAGCCAUUGUAGUAGAUGACUACCAGACUGUGAUUCACGAUGACAAUGCUGUUGCUCCCGUUGGCUACCUUAGUUUUAAAAAGAUGCGACUCAUUGAGAAAACGCCUGAGUUUAUGUUGAUGCCCAUGCCGGAAAGAAUUGCAGCUUCUAGGGUGAGAAGCCCCAAAGAGUUUCUGAAUGGAGUCGAAGAAACAUUGCUCGUAAAGGAAAACAGAGACGAGUUUGAUGAAGAGAAAAAAUCUGAAGCUGAGGUGGAAGAGACUGAGGUUGUCGAUGAAGUUCCUGUGCCGAUUCUUUACGAAGAGAAACUCUGCAACCACCCACAAAUCCAGUGCAACUCUGAGGGUUGGUGCUGGGUCACUGGAGUGCCUGGAGAAGGAAGUUCCUGCGCUGAUGCCAUGAGCAACGCUCUUGAUAAACUCCAAGAGUUGCUUGAAUCCCGCAAGAUGAGCCUAUCAGAUGUGGUCGGAGUUGCCCUUUGGUUGCGCGAUUUGUCCCAAUUUGGAGCCGUCAACGAUAAAUUCAGCGCUCGGAUGGUCUCAAGCGGCGGCGAACCGCCAGUUCGUGCCUGUCUUGAAGUCGGCCUUCCUGAAAAUUUCCCUGUCCUUCUCGAAGCCACUGCUCACAAAACUCCGCAGCAGGAGAGCUCUGAAGAACCGGAGCUUCCAAAACAGGCCCUUCAUGUCCAGUCACUGUCCCACUGGGCUCCAGCAAGCAUUGGUCCGUACAGCCAAGCUGUCCGAGUGGACAGUGUGGUACAAGUGGCUGGCCAGAUUGCACUGGACCCAAGUUCGGGACAACUGCUUCAAGGUGCUGGUGUUCAAGCCCAGUGUCUUUUGGCCAUAAGACAUGUCAGCCGAAUUCUCGCAGCCAUGAACUCGAGGUUCGAACUUCAAGACGUGGUGCAGGGAGUUUGUUAUUUGACUAGCAGACAUGCUGUCCAAACUGUUCGACAACUGUGGGAGAGACGCACCACAAAUGCCAUAGUUGAUUUUGUCAUAGUUCCUGCCCUUCCAAGAGGCGCUCUUCUGGAGUGGAGUGUCUGGGCCCAUGCUCACAACCGUCGCUUUGAAUAUGAGGAGACCGGUUGUCGUUUGACUGACGAAGGUGACGAGUUUGCCAAUCCUCCCCAGGCCAACAUCCGGAGCCGCUGGAGUUACGACGGCACAGUGGCGGCCAUGGUCUGCUAUGUCGAAGGUCACCAGACCUUGGACUCGCUCACCCAGGCCGUGGACUAUGCCAUGGGCAAGCUACUGCGCGAGGCGCCACCGUCAAGUGCACUGACCGUGCGUGCGUUUUAUCGGACUGGGGCGGUUGACGCCGAAAUUUUGAGUGAGGCCAUUUCGCGAGUGCAAAGUGGCCUGCGGGAGAAGCGAAUCGCGUUGGGAGCCACCCUCGUGCCGGUUCUUUCCCUGCACGACGAAAACACUGUCCUCUCUUUGUGCGGUCUCCGUUUCCAGUGAUCCUCUAGCACAAAGAAACUACCUCCUGAUUUCCGACUCCUGCUCCACACUUUUGUACGAACUAAUGUUUCUUGAAAACUGGAAAAUUCUGAUCACGUUUUCUGCAGCUAUUUACUUUUUGACGAUCAUCUAUUUGCCGACACCUGACGUACCUAACUACUCUGAACUAAUUAUGCAACAUAAUUAAUACUACUUGCCUCUGUUGUGAUAUUCAAUAUCAGAUCAAUUAUUGUUAUGUUUUAUUGUUUUGUUCCAUAUUUGUAUUGAGGCCACUUUAUUGCUCGUCUUUCACAAUCCUAGACAAGUUACUUGUAACAAAUAGUAAUUAGGCGCUGCUCUCACAACAUGAUUAACAAAAUUUAAUUUUUUUGUUGCUCUCUCUGUUUAUACUUAUGAAGGAGCCAUUGCUUACUUUUAUUGCUCUGUUGCAGUGAAUGCUGUUUAUGUACCAGGUACUUGGGUGUGCAAAGUAAACUAAUUGUGAAACACUUCAAACAGGAAAAUUAAACAGGUUCACCAAAAA